AUGGGGUUAGGCGCAUCCCACGAAGUCGUGGAGCCAGUGGCUCCCGACGCGACAUAUCUCAUCGAGCAGCUCAAGCAGUUGAUCAAGUCCCCCGAGGACCUGAGUCACGAGCCCCAACGCUCAGAGAUUCAACGCCUCACUCGCCUGGCGUCCGUGGCUUUGGAGACACCUCAAGAAUCUAUGCAACGCAUCGUGUUUACCCACCUUCCCCUCGUCACCACUCGCCUCAGUCACGAGUUCGGCAUCCUGACCACCUUGAUCGACGGUGACGACACCAAUCCCGUGGCCCUGGCCGACCUCAUGGAGGCCAGCGGCUUGGAUAAGAGCCUCGUCAGCGCCAUCAUGGACUACCACUGCUACCAUGGCUCCGCUAUCGAGCCUCGACGGGGCUUUUACGCGCCCAAAAAGCUCACGCACAGCCUCCUCGACCCCAAGGUUGUCACCACCCUCACUUGCUGGCAUGACAUUGUUGGACCUGCCUAUGGCUCGCUUCACCGGGUCUUGACCGGUGGUCCCGACGGGACCGUCGGGAGCGGAAAGAAGGAGAAGACGGCCUUCCAGGUCAGCCACAACACCACGCAGAGCUUCUACGACUGGCUCGAAUCUCGGCGCGAGCGACACGCGAGCUUCUACGGGUACAUGGCGGCGGUCCAUGCGGUCACGACCAAGUGGACCGACGUGGUGCACUUCGACGAGGAACUCGCACGGGGUAUGCAAGAGACCGAGGUGGUCUUUGUCGACAUCGGCGGCGGCGACGGCUCGCAGUGCAUCGAAGCGCAAAAGGUCCACCGGCUCGGCGGCCGGAUCAUCCUGCAGGACCGUGCCGCCGCCGUCCAGAAGGCGGACGUGGCGCGCGAGGCCGGUGUGGAGACGAUGGUCUACGACUUCUUCACGGAGCAGCCCGUCAAAGCGGCGCGGGCCUAUUUCAUUCAAUUCGUCCUUCUCAACUGGGCCGACGACGACUGUGUGCGCAUCCUCGCAUCCCAGGCCCCGGCCAUGGGCCCCGGGAGUGUGCUGACGAUCGUUGAUUAUGUGCAAGGGCACCGGUGGGAGGCCAAGGGCGAGCUCCCUGAACCGGAUCUGUGGACUCCCGCGGCCGCCCUGGCGGCGCGUGCUUGCCACAAUGCCGUCGGUCGGUCGGGCGCCGAUUAUCGCGUGCUGCUGGAGCGGGCCGGUUUGGAGUUGACGGAAAUCCGGGUGUUUACCAACUUUGGCCAGGCGGUGAUCAUGGCCAAGAAGCCUAUGAUGUCCCGGUUGUAG